AUGGCCUUUGCUUGUUGGAAGACUCUGAAGAGGCACUUUAUAACGGUGAUUAUUUUGUUUAUCACCUUUUUGUUACUCGCUUUUGAAUUUGCUGUUCCAUUUAUAUUUAGAGGAAUGUUUUGUCCUACCAAUACAACAGAAGAAGUGUGCACGAAUGGAAUGUUUUAUCUUCAUAUGUGUCCAUUCUUUAUUGUGUCCUCACUGACAUUAUUGGCACUCAUUAUUGGUCUCUGCCAAAAGGUUGUUGGUAUCAUUCUCGAUAUUAUUGCAGCCUUAUUGCACGUUGGUGUUCUAGUGUAUUACAUUUUGUUUGUGAUUAAGGGAUCACAAUAUACGGUUGCCAUGGCUGGAAGCAGCAGUCUCAUUCUUCAAAUUGUUCCUUGUGUUGCCUUAGCUUUGUGUACCAUUGCAUGCUUUGUUUGCAUGUUUGAUUGUUGCAGACAUGUGUAUGCCACUCGAUUCAGUGGAAGUGGAUCUAAGGGUGUCAGCGGUACUGGAGAUUCCUCAACCGAUUACGUCCCAUUGCAAGGAUCCAAACACAUUGACUCUGACAGCGACGAUUCGGAUUAG